AUGGCGACCGAUGUCGUGGCACUGGAUACAGAUGGUUUGGUCGGUGUGUGGCUGCUGGAUGAAGGCAAAGGGGAAGCCGUUAAGGAUUCUUCCGGUAACGGAUUGGAUGGAAAAAUCGCACAAGGCAAGCCGAAGUGGGUUAAAGGCAAGUUUGAUGGUGCCAUGGAAUUCGGCGGAUCGGAUAUGGUAACUGUUUCCGAUGAUGAUGCCCUCGACCUUGAGGAAUUCACACUUGCUGCAUGGGUCAAUAUCCCUAAGAUUUCUGGGGCGUGGCAGAUUGUUGCUUCAAAAGAAAAUCGCAACCCGACUGGCAGAAACUAUGGACUCUUCGGCAACAUCAACACGGGGGUCAUCCAUUACUCCUUCACAACAAACGCUGGUUGGAAAUCAUUUGAUGCGAAAACCGCUGUCACGGAUGGUGAUUGGCAUCACGUCGCAGGUACUUACGAUGGCUCUGACUUCAAACUCUACCUCAACGGGCAAGUAGACGCACAAGUAUCGCCAGGAACGAAACCGGAUACCAGCGAUAAUCUGCUCUUUAUCGGUGGGUGCGACAUCGGUAACUAUUGGAUGACGGGUGCUAUCGAUGAGGUAGUGCUUUAUGACAAAUCCCUCAGUGAGAAGGAAAUUAACGAAUUAAUAGAAGAUGGGAUGGUAGUUACGUUAGACGUUCAACCCGGCGGGAAACUGGUGACGACGUGGAGUCAAAUUAAAGCACAAGCGGCUCGGUAG